UAAAAAUUAUGAUAAUUCUUCCUUCGGACUUCUUCUCAUUUUUCUCCACAUAUAGCUUAAACUAUAUAACAAGGAUACUUAAGGAUCUAUCAUUGCUUGUCCGUCCGUCCGUUCAACAUGAAGUAUUUGGAUUAUGUUUUGCUUGUUCUAGUGCUUUGCUUUCAUUGUGAUGCGUUGUCUCCAUGUGAACAAGAAGUAACAAUAGAAUUAGGAUUAGAAGCUAAAAGUGUUUACCAUUACAAAGAACCAACAUACGAAAGAUUCCUUCUCUGUGAAUGGCGAUUUCUGGCGAAUAAUCCAGACAGGCAGAUAGUGUAUCAGUUCACGAACAUUAGUGUAGAUUGCGGUGAUACUUUGACUGCCUUCACUAACGAAACCGAAUAUACCGCUCCACCCAUAUGUGGGAUUGGUAAAAAUAGCGAGACAGAAACGACACCAGCAGAAGAGCUAAAACUAGUUUUAAAUUCUGACAAAAAUGUACAUGAGCACGAAAAAGGAUUCACUUUGCAUAUGAUUGCAGCUAAAGGAAACGAAGUAUGUCCUCAACAACCAAUUAAUGUUACCUCUGUAAAGCAGCAGAUCGCCUCUCCUAAUUUUCCUAAUUUUUAUGCAGCCAAUCUUCAAUGCCGUUUCAUUUUGACCGCACCUACUGGAGUGGAGCUGACAUUUGAAUAUAUAGACAUCGAAAAGCACACGGACUGUACUCCAAAUUCUUGCUGUGACGAACUCAUUAUAUACGAGGGACUAGCAGGUGAGAACAAGAAAUUAGCUUCCAUAUGUGGUUUUGAUAUGUUCCAUCCCAAUUUGACAUAUGAAAGCGUAGGGAGAACCUUGACCUUAGAACUGCGAACAGACAACCAGAGCCCAAGAAAAGGAUUUGUUGCAACAGUACAAGCAAAGAAAGGAGAUCCUAUACCAAUAGUUACCCAGUCUACCAUUGCUACAACUGAGAAAAUUUUGACACCACCUGUGCUAGCUACUACUGAGGCAGUUAUAUAUACCCCCGAAACGACUGAAUCCAGCAUUGAGACUCUGGAGGCAUGGUCAUAUGGUACCUUCGAAUUACGUUGUUUGAUCCCAACACUUGAGAGAGGCGUGGACAUUUCAUGGACGAAAGACGGGUACCCAUUCGGACCUGCUCGCGACUCAACCAGGUACUACUUCAUGGAGGAUGAUACUCUGGUGAAAUUCACGUCCAUCUUCAAAGAAGACGCCGGUGUAUACACAUGUAAAGCCAACGAACCGUUUUAUCCAACCUACACUGCAAAAGUUGUUGUAAGGGACAAAGAUGUUAACGAAUGUGAGCAGAACGUGUGUCCAGUAAACUCUAUUUGUAUAAAUACAAUCCCAAGUUAUCACUGUGAAUGCCAUGAAGGAUGGGAGGGUCAGCAGUGUGAUAUAGACAUCAAUGAAUGUGAGAUCAGGCCCUCUUUAUGUUUACCGAAUGGAAAGUGUCUCAACUUAGAUGGGAAUUAUACCUGUAUCUGCAAUCAAGGGUGGACGGGAGAUAACUGUCUUACAGAUAUCAAUGAAUGUGAAGCCGAUCCUCACCCGUGUGCUCCAAAUGGAAAGUGUGUUAACUCCGAUGGGGAUUUCACCUGUGAAUGCAACAAUGGAUGGACAGGUGAUAACUGUCUAGCAGAUGUGAACGAGUGCCAAGUUCAACCAAAAUUGUGUGCUCCUAAUGGGAAUUGCGUCAACAAAAAUGGCAGCUAUGAAUGCCGUUGUAAACCAGGAUGGACAGGAGACAACUGUCAGAAAGAUGUCAAUGAAUGUGAAACACUCCCUAACCCUUGCUCUGGUCAUGGUAGAUGUGUAAAUUCUAGGGGGAACUACUCCUGUUCGUGUUACAGAGGAUGGGAAGGCGGGAGAUGCGAGAAAAGCGUCAACAAAUGCGAACUGCAGCCCAAACUGUGUGCUCCAAAUGGAGAAUGCGUGAACGUGAAUGGAAGUCAUAUUUGUAAAUGCAAGAUUGGGUGGACAGGAGAUGACUGCCGUACAGAUGUCAAUGAAUGCAAAGGCUUGCCUAAGGACUCUCGAUGCUGGCCUAACGGAAGAUGUGUGAACCAAGAUGGAGGUUACUACUGUGAAUGUAAUGAAGGGUGGACUGGAAGAAAAUGUCAAUCAGAUGUUAAUGAAUGCAAUACCCUCACCAGGCCUUGCUCUGGUCACGGUACCUGUGUAAACUCUGUAGGGUCCUACUUCUGUACAUGUUAUAAGGAUUGGGAAGGAAAGAAAUGUGAGAAACGAAUUGACCCUUGUUUAGCGGACCCUUGUCCAAAAAAUUCCAUCUGCAAAAUGAAAGGAAAUUCUUUUGAGUGUGUCUGCAAGACUGGAUGGGAAGGACCUCAGUGUGAAAAGGAGGUGCAAAAGGCAACAGGGGCAUGUGCCACAAAGUGUCGGGGGACGGAAUCAUGUUAUAUAGGGCACAACUGUACACAUUACGAGCAUUGCUAUGCAUGGAAUGGGGCAGAGUGCCACUGUACGCUAAUGGUCUGCUCCUUUGGAACCUUCUGGAACUCCAAGAUAAACAACUGUGACAUGGUUGCACAAGUUGAUUGUAAAUCUGAUCCUUGUUUGCACUCAAAGUAUGGAACUACAUACCCCAGUUAUUUCAAUUGUCGAACAUUUUACACAUGUAACAGACAUCAACACUCGCUUCCGAUGUGUUGUAAUAAAGGAUACUCGUAUAACCACCAAGCCCAGAAGUGUACACCCAACCCUUACUGCAAUGUAGAAUGCGCGGAGAGGGAAAUGGCACAAACAACAGUAUCUCCAGUAACAACCACAAUUUCCAUGGGAACUUGCUAUUUUCGUCCCGUUGCUAGAAGGCCUACCAAGUACCUCAACUUUAUUUCAAACAUAAUUCAAGACUGUCCCCUGGGAACGAUCUUUGAGGAAGACUAUUGCGUCUGUGUACAGGACUUAUCAUUUUCUAGAGGAAAAUGUGUUCCGAUCGUGAAUGUAGACUUUCAUGGGGAUCAUAUCAUAAAUCUGUCUCACGAAAGCUACUUGCAACUAAACAACGUUCAACAAGUAGAUUCGGGUAUUGCGAACGUCUCGUACGGUUGGUUCAACGGGCAAUCAUCAAGCAUACAGAUCCCCAGGCUAAACGCAGUAGCAUUGCCUCGUCUGAAGAUUCAGCUGAGGUUUUAUGCAUCUAUGCCAUCUAAUUCUAGGUACCAGGUAUUGGUCUCAAACUGUAGGUCUAGCGCCAAGCCUUGGAAUAUUCUGGAUGUGGCUCAAGAUCAAUCGCCCUCUUUGGCCAUCAUAGCUAACACUUUGGAUCAACAUCUAACCUUCCUAGGAUACAGUGAGGAUUGGAAAGUUACACCAGUUACGUUCCACUUACCUUACAAGGCAGGGGCUUGGAACAAUGUUGAACUUGCAUUUAAUGGAAGUAGUUUAAAAGGGCGUGUUCGCUCUGUGAAUGAAGACCAAUCUGCAUUCGAAACAGUUGAAGAAAUGCCAUUUUCAGGACGAAUUGCAGCUCCGACGGGCCCUCUUGUUAUAGGAAGGUGUUCAGAUAAAGAUGCUUUCUAUGGAUAUAUAGAUAUGGUAAAGGUGUUUGAAUGUGUGACUUCAUUAUGACGUAAUGUAACAUAAGCACUACCUUAUUUUAAAAAAUUCCAAAAGUGUACAUGUAUAGAGUUUUCAUAUGUGGUUCUAAAUGAUAUAAAAUAUCCAUUAUGAACAAUCCAUAUUUAUUUUUAAUGUUUUUUUUAUUAUUAUGCUUUUAUUUUACUGUCGGUGUAUCGUAAAACAAAACGUUUUUUUAACAUGUAAUAGUAUUUGUCCUAAUUUUAAUGUUGUUUGUAUUUUGUUUUUGUUAAAUGUUACACUGGUUAUCCCCUCUUUACAUGUUUGACUUUUUAUUGAUGAUUUAUUCUUUCAAAUGAACAAUUCUCACUUAUUUGUUAAUCAUUUGAUAGACUGUAUAAAUGAUUAUUUUUGAAUUCGUCAUUUCAAUUUUGAAUGUCAUGAUACAUAUGUAUGAACUUAUUUAUUGCG